ACCCUGUAUACGUAUGUACACCGUUGACGCCGCAUGGCGCGUGGCCGCGAUAGAGGUGUAGAUUCUCGCAGUCCUCGCGACGACGGGACGGGACGGACGUUAAAAUUCCGGUUGAAGGUGCGGCUCUGGGCGUCGCGAACUCCGUCGCGAGAACACGUCCCGCGAUCGACGCGCGUCGCGCGUCGCCCGCUCGUCUCCCGAAGGGUCGAGAACGUUGAGGGUCUCGGCAAGAAAAAAAAAAAAAAUCAUCUCCGCGCAUGUAGACGACCGCUGCUAGUCGAGCCUUCCGCCCGGUCGGAUGACUCACGACAGUUCGACGGUGACCGUGGCCGCGGGCGGCCGAGGGCGUGCAACGGCGACGCGAUCGUCGCACGCGUCGAUUCUCCCGAGUCACGAUUCGCCUGCCGCCCGCCGCCGCGAGGUUCGGCUUACGUUCUUCCAGAGGCGCUAGAAAAACACAGUCCGCCUGCGCCGCCAUCGAGUGUGUUUGGGAGUGAGGUGAGGUAGGUAAGACCAGGGGGAACGGCCGGUUCGCGCGACCAUAGCGUCAUGAGCACGCUGUGGAAACCCUGGUGCGAGACCCUGAACGUGGAACCGACCGAUCCGGCGAUCAUGAAGAGCCUGGACAACAGCCUGGACAGCGAUUUCGAUAAGCUACCCGAGUUCAGUGCCGGCCUGUUCACCGCGGCGAAGGAUCCCCCGAUGAUGAACUCCUGCGCCAAGUGCCAUAAUAACAAUAACAAGAGUUUCCUGCUGUUCGACGGACGGGAGAGCCUGCAGGUGCCCGACGUCGAGGAGUUUCUGAAACGGUUGAAUUGCACCGUGAACGGGGCUAGGGUCAAAGUUGUGUCGAUAUUCGGGAACACGGGCGACGGCAGGAGCCACACUAUGAACCAGGUGUUCUUCAGGGGCGAGGAGGUAUUCCAAAUGUCCAGCGAGCAGAAUUGUUGUACGUUGGGCGUCUGGGUGGCGUUCGAUCCGGUUCUCAAUGUCGUUUGCCUGGACACAGAAGGUUUACAAGGUGUUACGAGUUGUGAAAACGAACGGACGAGAUUGUUGCUCAAGGUACUCGCAGUGUCCGACGUUGUGGUUUAUGGAAUUUACUCCGAGAGGCUAAACAGGGAUCUGUUUACGUUUCUGGGCACCGCUUCGCACGCUUACAGUCACCACUUUAGGGCCGCCCUGCAAGCGAUAGGGCAGAGGGAGGGGAUCACCGCGUCGCUGAGCACCCUCGGACCAAGUAUUAUAGUGCUGCACGAGACCAGGCACACCGUACCUUUGAUCAACAAUGGCUCGGAGAGCGCGGAGGACAUCCUGAGGGCUAGAUUCGCGCAGAUGGGCCUGAAAAUCGACGCCUUCAGCUCGAUCAAGUACGUCGGUCUGCAAACGGUGAACGACACGACGGAUUACGAGGAGCUGCGGUCUGCGAUUGAGAGCGAAUUGAACAACACGACGGUUCGCUCGGCCAGAAAGCCGCACCUGGUGUACAACAUACUCAAGAGCCUGAACGAUCAGCUGUCGAGCGAAGUAGAAAACGUUUCCAAUACUCUAUUCCCAGAACAGUAUUUCACUUGUCCCGUCAGGUGUCUGAGUUGUGACAAUGGCUGUGGCAACAGCAUGGGACACCUUAGCGAGGGGAAACCGCAUAGUAGUAACAUCAAGUGCAAAUUCCAGUGUCAGUAUGAAAAUUCGACAUACAUAUGCAAGAAAUGUUACAAGAAUGGGAACGAGGUCGAGGUGAAGAGGCAGUAUUACGAGGAUAAUCAGAGCAGCUGGUACAGUUUCGCUAAAACCGCCUGGUCAGGAUACACGAUAGACUGCCCGCACUGCGGGGAGAUAUACAGGAGCAGACAGUACUGGUAUGGCAAUAAUCCAGAGGACGUUGCCAUACGCAGGAAGAUCACGCACGUGUGGAAUACGUCGAAUCGCUCUAUAGCACCUCAGAACACGGCGCAACGGGUCAUCGAUACCGUUUCGUAUUUCACCGAGGCCGUGACAAACGUUUCUCUGCAGCCGACGAAAGCGCUGAAGGCCUGGGCCGCGGAUCAAGUGGCGCCGUCUUAUUGGCGGCCGAACAACGAGAUAAAACACUGCCAUCAGUGCAAGGUCCUAUUCGGUCCGACGGACGACAAGCACCACUGUCGCGAUUGUGGCGAGGGCUUCUGCGCGCCGUGCUCGUCGAGAACGAAAUGCGUGCCCAACAGGAAUUGGUUUUCGCCCGUUCGGGUUUGCGACACGUGUUACGAGAAAGAGACGAACUGUUCCAGCGACGAUUCCCUCGAACCCGUCGAGGGAGACGUCGGCGUGCGUAAAGUAACGGAGCAAGUGGUGUCGACUCUUAAUGCCGUCGGAACAGUUUUUACUUAUUCCAAAUCGCUCAUAAAAGAUUCCGUACGACCAUCCUAUUGGAUACCGGAUGCGGAGGUGGUCAGCUGCUGCGUCUGCGAACGGGAGUUCUCCGGCGUGCUUUCUUUACACCACUGCAGAGCUUGCGGACGUGGCGUGUGUCAGGAAUGUUCGCAACAUCGUAAACCUGUACCACACCGAGGAUGGGAUCGUCCUGUUAGAGUAUGCAACGCUUGCGUUUGAAAUCGCAUGCAUUGAUAUAUUUCUCGAAAAGAAAAACAAAAAAAAUAGACCGAAGUCCAAAAAUAUAGAGAUCUUGAAGAGUGAAAAUAUUCACUUGAUAACGAAAUAAAUUUACUUAUUUCGUGUAAUUGCUUUUGAAGAUAAACAGAAGCUGUACUUGACUUAACUGUGAAUGUAGAAUAUCUUUUUGUAUACCUAGCCAAAUCGCAACUUGACGGUAGCUUUUUGAGCGGACUUUUUAAUGUAACUAGCAUAUUUUAACUUUUUUAAAUUCUAAAUAAAAUUCUCAACUUGAUAUUUUUUUAUUUUCAACUCUUUGUAAUGUGAUGCAAAUUAUUUUACACCAGCCGUCCAGAAUUUGUAAUCGUGGCUUGAAGAUGAAAUGUGUUGAUGUUCAUGUCUAUCGCCAUUCCUACUUGUCACUUUAUAAUCGUUUUCGUGCAUGACGCUCGAUCUCUAGUUUCAUCCAAUUUCAUUCUUUUGAAAUUGAGCAUCCUGAACGCUCUUUGAGAAAACAGUUUGUAAAAUGAAGAAUAGCAAUAGACAAAGGAACUGAACACUAAUACACUUCAAUUUCAAGCCUGAAAUUACAAACCCUGGACAGCACUGUUUUACAUCAUAUGAGAACUUCAAUGAUGAUAUAUCUGAAAAAUACAAUUUUGUUAUACUUACAUGUUUUUAAUAUUGAAUAUAAAUAAUGUAUUUUAUUUAUAUAUAUUUAAUAACAAAUGAGAACUUUGAAAAAAGACAUUUUUACGAUUCAUAAUUCGGGGGACAUUAGAAUUACUAAGUAUAUUGAAUUGUAUCGAAAAUCUGAGGUUGUUUAAAAGCUGUAUCUUUAUUUAAUUUCGUUUUUAUAAUUACAAAAUAAUUUUGUGAUUAUAUAAAUGUAAAUAAGUGUAUGAUUGUGCCAUAUAAUUGUGGUCAUUACUAUUUGAAAGUAACUAAGAUGUAUUUAUCUAUUGCUACCUUUAAUGUACAAUUUUGUAUCUCUAAAAGAUAUAUAGAUCAAGAUUACGCUUAAAAAUUGUUUGAUAAGCUGAUUAAAGAUUUUUGUUAACAAUAGAAUGUCCCCAUAUAUAAUACACGUUAGCGGUUUGUUGUACAUAUGUACAGUACUCUUGAUCUUCUGGUAACAGCGAUCGAUAGUCGUAGGAAGGAAGAUUGUUUACGAAAAGUGUAAAUGGCUGUGACAAUUGUUAAUACCGGCGUAGCGUUUGGAGACGCGUUAUUCGUACGGAUCACACGAUAGCGCGUCUUCAAACGUGGGAAUUGUUUACUUUUAUUUUGUUCUGUACAUUACGAUAAGCAGCUUGAAAUAAAGUUCGAAACUCAAAGUAA